AUGGAUACCAUCCGAACAGAGAUCACGGAGCUUGCGCGUCCCUCGGCGCCGGCCAAAAGGUUCGACCGGCAGAAGGCCCACGAGGAGAUGAAGCAGAUCGUGGAGAGGCGGCUGCGCGGGCGGCAGUACGACUCCGAGGACUGCGCCAAGGUGUCCAAGGAGCUCGCAGACGAGAUCCGGGCCAAGGUGCGGCUCAUCUCGGACAGCAGGUUCAAGAUCUGCGUCUCCGUGACCAUCAUCGGCCAGAAGGGCCAGGGCAUCCGGAGCGAGAACAAGUGCUACUUCGACGCCGACGCCGACGCGGAGCUCCGCCACGUGUACCAGAACGACGACAUCAUCUGCAUCGCCAACCUGUAUGCCGUCUACUACUACUGA